UCUCAGUAGCGCAUCAAAUAAAAGGUUUUGGAAAUGUCAAUGCAGGAAUUCUCGGAUAAUUUAUCCACUUUGUCGUACAUGUCUCGACGUCGCAUUCCAACGUGGGUAUAUGAUCCUAAGAACAAAACUCUUUUCGGCCGCACAUGCUGCAGCUGGACUCUCUGUAUUUUGUUCUACUUGAUAUAUUAUGCUUGCCUGGCAACAUUCUUCACCUGUUUAUUGUGGUUGGUAUUGUAUUGCAACGCCCCAGAGAACCAGCCGGCUAGAACUGGAGCUCAGAGUUUACUAGAUUUCAAGCCAGGCCUUGGGUUCCGUCCACUAUUAAAUGUUCAAAAAUCUCUCAUUCAUUAUUCUUCUGGAGAUUCACAAACCUAUCUACCAUACACUCAGAACAUAGACGCGUAUUUAGAUACGUAUAAUCAGGUUAACGCGAAGCCCGAUAGUCAAUUUGCCAGUUGUAAAGGCAAGGAAGGAGAAACAAAAGAUGUGGAUAAGGUUUGCAAAUUCCCUCUUGAGAAUUUGGGAUCUUGUAACACUUCAAAUAAUUACGGUUACGAUAGUGGAACACCUUGCGUUCUUCUUAAAGUAAAUAAGCCUAAUACUACACCACAAAAUGUCACCUGUCGAAGAAGGCGGUGGUUAGGCAUAUGUAACACAUGUCACAACCACCACAGUUGAUAUAGAUUUACUACGUCAUCAGUCAAUUCGUUCCUAUAUUGUGUAAAAUAAAGUAGUUUAUCUAAAAUGUUCUUACUUUGUGACCUGGUUUUACCCCACCUGAUUAAGACUUUGUUUAGAGUACUGGAACUGUACGACAGACUGCGAUUAAUUUUAAAUGAUUAUUUUUAUGGAACUGAUUUGUAUUCAUAUCUAAAUUAAUUUAAAAAGCGCUAGUGAUAAUUUGCUUCUCAUUUUGACAUUUUUUCUAAGCCUAUACAUUUUCUUUAUGAAUGUCGUUCUUUAUCAAAAUUUUCACACUAAUUUACGGUUGAGGAUUGAUGUACACAACAUACGUAAAGGUCCUCAAUAUAUAGGCUCUCCAGCUGUCUUUUCAUCUCACUUAUUAUAACUUUCACAUCCUCUCAAUGAUAGGAUCGUCUGCUCAGAUGAUUUUCCUGAAUUCGAUUCCUUAUUAACAACCUGGAAAAGAUGUUGAAUAUCAGGGAACACAAUAGAUCCCAUAAGUUCAACAUUUUUAUUAACACAGAUGAUCAACAGUUGCCUUGGUCUUAAAAUAUCUUUACAAUCCUCGAUAUACUCACUGAAAUGCUUGAUCUGCACAAAAUGACACAUUUUAUUCAGUAGGUUGUUUCCAUAGAUAUCCUUCAAUAUUUCAGAAUUUUACUGAGAUAUUUUUCAAAGUUUUACCGCAACAAUUGAGUAGUCGAGUUUGUGUAUUAACUGUAUAGAUUAUAAAUUACACCUAAAGUUUACUCAAAAUAAGAAAAACCAUUGAUAUACAACUUAAUACGUAGAAAAUAGUAAAAUUAUAUAUUAAAAUUAUUUUUAGUCGGAAAAUUAUAAUUAAACUAAUAUGGAACGUAAAAUGUUUAGACUUUACGCAAAAAACAGGUUUCUCAAGGAAUCCUCUGAUAUAAAUGAUUAAUUCAACAACAAUAUUAUUUUGUAAGUUAGUUAAUCAAAAUGAUUAAAAAAAACAACUAAUCAUUGGCCAAGUGAAAUAAAAAUUUUCCCCUCUAGACUAAAACUAAAAUCUUCACAUGGACUCGCUUUUCGCCAUUUAAUCCGUAAUGAUUUUUUUCUCUCUCUCCCUUGUUUUCUUUACCAAUAAAAUAAAUAUCGAACAACUCCUUUUAAAUAUCUAGCUGGC